GAGCUGCUUCUCCCUUGUGAAUUACCAUGCUUUCUUUCCAGAGCAACACAGUGCUGUCACAUGACUUCAAAACAAAGCAUAAUUGAGGGCGUUUUCAUUGGCUGACCUUCGUAUUCAAAGCAUCCGUAUCCAUGGCAACAAAAAUAGUCCCCUCAUUAUUUCUACGGGAUCGUGUCAUAUCCUGGCUCACAUUUACAGGGAGAGCUUCAGGUGGAGGAUUUGGAGAAGCGGUUCUUUAUGUGAUUUACAGUAGCACUAAGGGCAGGUCCUGUGAGCUGUCACAUCGGAAACACCCCUGGAUUGAGAGGUGCAUGCUGAAGUGAUCUUUCUGAUCUAACCAGACAAGAGGCCACAGUAAAGAGGUCAGUGACUGCGAUGGUCUAGAGCCCCUGUCUGCCAUUGCCGUGGUAAUGGAGCUGAAGGUGUGGGUGGAUGGGAUUAUGAGGGUGGUGUGCGGCUUGUCAGAGCAGACAUCAUGCCAGGAGGUGGUGAUCGCACUGGCCCAAGCAAUCGGUCAAACGGGACGCUAUGUUCUGAUUCAGAAGCUGCGGGAUACAGAGAGGCAGCUGCUGGCCAAUGAAAAACCUCUGGAGUUUCUGGCAAAUUGCGGACAGUAUGCCAACGACGUGCAGUUCAUCCUGCGGCGGACUGGCCCCAGCACUAGCGAGCGACCCUCCUCCAGCAAAGACACCCAGCCUCCUGAAAGGACGUUUGUCAAGGCGAGUCUGCCCCUUAAAAACAGAGCUGAGGGCACAGAGCUGCCCAAACACAGGGAGCCGAAGAAGUCCAUGACAUUCAGUUUGGGACCUAUGGGGACAGGGGAUCUUUCACCAAGGAGUAAAUUUAAGCAACACAGACAAAAUGGAGGUGACUCCAGAGACACUAGGGACCAGGCUUCUCCAGCUGCCCAUGUUUCCAAAGAGGACAUCUUCAAAAAGAUGCUGCUUCAGCAGGAGCAGCUUCAAGCUCUGGAAUCACAGAUCAAGUCCCUGGAAUCGGAGAUCCACUCCUGGGAGAGGCCUAUUGAGAAAGACCUGGAGGACGAGCUGUCCUUGCUGGAGCUCACAGUCAAGAAGAAUGGGGUGGAGCUGGAGGAGGGGGAGUUCUGGGAGAGCGAGCUGCAGAUCGAGCAGGAGAGCGAGCAGGCCAUGCAGAGGCACCUGAAUGACCUGCACAAGGCCCUGCAGGACUGCGCCCACAAACUCUCCAACUUCAGCAGCAAGUCGGAGUCCCUGGAGCGCAACAUCCAGCUGGAUAGCGCAGAGUGGACCAAAAAGAGCAAAUACGCAGAUCCAGAGGAGGCCCUGGCCAGGAUGAAGGAUGAGAUAGAGGCCAAGAUCAAGCAGAGCAUCGCUCUGGAAUCCUCCCUGAGCGUCACAGAGAGUGCCGUGCAGGAGGCUGAGAGAAUCCUUCAGAUGAAGGAACAGGAGCAGGAGGAGCUGAACAAGGAGCUGAGGCAGUGUAACCUCCAGCAGUUCAUCCAGCAGACUGGGACCCCUGUAACAGCCCAGCACCCCCACAGCGAGCAUGCAGAGCAGCCGGACAGACCCGCAGAGCCCCUGCCAUACAGCCACACAAACGGGGGUUCUCCAAUCCCCAACACAGAUUCCCCUCCACGGCCCACAGCUAAACAGUUCAUGGGUAACCCUCGCAACCUCCAGAAUCCACUGGUGUCCAGCUUGAAUCCAGAGGUCCUAUCAUCAAGGGAGACCACCUGGAGGUAGCAUGGGGCCAGCAAGCAGAGGAAAGGUGCAGAUCACUGUAUAUCAAACUAUAGAUUUUAUCCUAUAAAAUGUUAUCUAUUUUUGUUAGUUUUUUUGCAAAAUGACAUACUGCAAAGCAUGAAAUAGAAAUAUUUUGUCACAGUAUGUCUUUUUAUUUUACUGAAUUUUUACUUUGAACUGUAUGUGUAUAAAUAUAUUAAAGUUUAUGUAUGCUAUGUUUUGAUAUUUCUUUAUGUUGUGAAUAAAUGUUUCAUGGUUUUUAAGCCUGUAA